AUGAGAGACCUCUUGAUUAGGGAGCUCAUCACACGACUCCAAGGUCUGUGGGAAUUGGCUAAACUUUAUUUGCAACCAGACGAGUGCCCUACGCUAAUCGACCAGGACAAAAAUUCUAAGAACACCGUCAUAUUCGACGUUAGAACUACACAAGUCUACGCAAAGCUUUCAGAGCACGGUAUCGCUGUCGAUCCAUCACUGCAAACCCCCCACAUUUAUCGGCGGGACUCCGUAUAUCAUUGUGAAUUCUUUUCUGCAAAAACAAUGCAAAAACUCUACGACUUUGGAUUCAGAGGAGUCAAUGACCCGGACAUAAGCGGGGCCUUGCCGUUGAUGGCUCAUGGAAGCCUGUUCAGCUAUAGUAUGGGGGAACUACGUGGCCAGCGAUUAAUGGAGCAGGUGCUCUGGUUGAUCUCAAAACAUGCGGAUACAGAACGACUUGUACCGGGGACUAGUUCAACUGUUGGCCAUCACCUUACCCAUGGGAUCAUUCGCUCCUUUGAAAAUUCCAUUCAAGAUUGGAUUGCUCCUCCCAAAGGUCUCCUGGCAGAAUGGAAAAAUUACAAGGAUAUGAUCGCAAAUUUUUGGAGCUUGGUGGUUAUUACUCCUCUUGCAGGAGAUGGAUGUCUCUGCGCAUGUUCUCCCAGCUGGUGCAGCGCCAUAUCUUUGUUACUGCGCCAAGCUAUUCAAUUCCUUUCAUCAGAACGGGGUAAAAUUAAUGUCGAGGAUCCUGGAUUCUGGUUCCGUGAAAUGGUGACCUUCUCCUUGCCAUUGACCGGAGACAACCUUGAAGUGUAUCGGGCGGUCAUCAGGUUCCUCACAUUUGAUGCAUUAGGCUUGCGACAUGUCUGUUGCGUCGAGGAAUCAGUCGGGCCCUGGUAUUAUCUUAAGCUUCAAGACAGAGACAGGCAAGAAGUGGAGGAAAUUCUCGAUGAAGAGAGACUAGGGCUGGAAGACCUCGAAAUGCUUGUGACCGAAUUUGAGGCAAAAUUCGAUGAACUCGGCCUUCCCAUAAUGGAUUUCCUGCAAGGAUGUUGGUAUUCUCGCAUGGCAUCCUUCCUUUUGGAGCGCGAUCCGUAUGAUCAGGAGCAUGUUCUAGAGUCAAGGAAACUUGGCGUGGAAUUGAAAGCGGAAGAUUGGGUCUUGCCGAACCGGGUGUCUUUGUUAAUUCGACCUCCCGUGGAAGAAAUCGAAUCUUGA